AUGGUCGCCACUGAUGGAUUUGAGCUGCGUCAACCAAUCAAACCUUACAUAUGCUCUACAAUCGAAGAUUUUGAAGUUGAAAGGAAAUAUUUAUCGAAAGUCAUCUUUCCAAAAUUAAAACAGUUUUGUCUCCAGCGCGGAGCACAGUUUAUGCCUUUCGAUAAUUUAUGGUCAAAGAAGGAUACAGAUUUUCAACAUGGCCGACUUCUGCAUUUGUUAUUGAAAUCUGCGGAGUGUUCCCCUUUUCUGAUUUGUCUAAUCGGCGAGCGCUACGGUGUGUACAGACAAGAAAAUUCUCCUCAACUUCCAGAUACAGUUGCAGAGAUUCCGGAGGAUUGUUCAGCCAUUGAUAAAAACUUUCUGAUCGCUGCCUUAAAUGGUCAUUCAUGGAUUCUUGACCAAGCCAAUCAAAACCUCAGCAUUUUCGAACUGGAAAUCAUUCAAGCUGCCUUUUUAAGAGAUGCCACAUUUGGAUAUUUUUAUUUUCGACAAACUGAACACUUGGAAGAAAAGUUAGCACAUUUGCACGAAAGAGAGCACGAAAAGUUUAAAACAAAUUAUUUCGCGGAAAAUGAACAUGCAGGAUUGAAAGUUGCUGAUCUGAAGCAGCGAAUCGUGAAAAAGGGACUGACUGUGAAAUAUUUCAAGACUAUUGAGGAACUGGGUAGUCUAGUCUUAGAAGACUGGAAGACUGUGAUUGAUCAGAUUUAUCCACCUUUAGCUAAUGAUGGAGAUUUUUUAGAUACAGAAGAAUACAGAGAGUGGGUUCAUCAACAAUGUCUUUAUUUCGAUCGUAAAGAAUCUUAUGUCAGCUCUGAAGCAGCAGACGCAGUUAUAACACAGUUAUCUACCUUUGCUAUCUCAGUCAGUAAUGAAUGUUCUGUAGAGUUUAACAGUUUUACUCAACUUCAGAUGUCUGCUUUAGAAGCCCACGAGUACGAUAGGAAAAUGAAAGAAAAGCGGAAUUCGAUCCUGGUAUUAGCUGGAGAUAGAGGUGUUGGUAAAUCAUCGUUAAUCGUGGAAUGGCUGGGCAGAAUCUCGGAGACCAACCCUGAGUUACCCAUAAUACACUAUUUUAUCGGCUGUAGUAAGAAUAGUACCGACAUCGCCAUUAUUCUACGCCAUUUUAUUUCACAGCUUAAGCAAAGGAUGAAUGGAAAGCGGAAACAGGAAUCGAUGGUAGACGUGGAUCAGAUGAAGAGUUUCCAGGAACUGACGGAAUCAUUCUCGGCUUGUAUAUCUUCCAUACCUUGUAUCAUUCUAUUGGAUGGUCUGGAUGAACUCGGUGGAUCACUCGGACAAACUCCUCAGGAGGUAAAAGAUUUUGGAUGGUUGCCCCAGUAUCUUCCAUCACAUUGUAAAAUAAUCUUCACAACAUCGCGCUCCGAUCUUACAUUCCACUCCUUGUCCAAACGUAAUGACGUACAAACUCUCACUAUCAAAUCAUUGGUCGAAAAUACUCAGAAACCUUUGAUUUUGAUGGAAAAUAUGAAAUUCUAUUAUCAAAGACUUUCAAAACAUAAUCUGAAACAGAUUUCCGAGAUUCAAGUAUCGCAGAAGCCAUUGUUUUUACGUCUGCUAGCCUCGGAAAUGUCGUGUUACAAUGUGUAUCGAGAUCUUACAGAAUACCUUGAUGAUUUUUAUGAGUUGUGUAGUGUUCGCGAGUUUUGGAUACGAAGCCUACAGCGCUGGGUACGUGACUAUAGCUGGUAUUUGGAUAGUGCUACUGAAGACGGCAUUACUGAGGAAGAGUUAGAAACAACUGGCUGGGUACCUGAUGUAUUACGCUUGUUGGUUUUAUCUCGAGACGGCCUGACGCAGUCGGACAUCUUGUCUUUACUUCAUCAACUUGGUUACAGACGCAACAAACAAGUCACUCAAUUUGAUUGGAUGUUUCUACAACAAUGCCUUAGUAACAAUCUACGUGAAGAUUCCAAUGGUCUGAUAAAAUUCUCUCAUCAACAUUUAACGGAGGUGGCUGAAUACACUUUAUUUAAAAGCAUCAAGCAAGCAGCAGGAGAAAUUCACCCAACAGAAGAAUCCAAUCAACGAAGAAUAUUCCACCAACAUUUGGCUAUCUACUUCCUCAAACAGCCAUUCUCCCAUCGCCAACUUGACGAGUUGCCAUGGCAUCUGUUAAUGUCGGGGAAUUUUCACAAUCUGAUAAAUAUAUUGACCAGUGAGAAAUAUUUGCCGUAUUUGUUAGAUAUUUACAUGAAGAACCCAACUGAUCGUUAUAAUCUAAUAUAUUAUUGGAGUAUACUCAUCAAACAUGGCUACAAUCCUGUUACUAUUUAUAGACAUUACCUCACUACCAUUGGUCUGGCUGAUUUACACGACAAUGAUCAAAAUAUGCAGGAUUUAUACAGAAGACAAAGUCUGGAAUUAUCCAAGAAUUCUGUCAAGAAUGAAACCAACACGUUUCUAACGGCAAUCACAGACUACAGACAACUCUCUGUUAUUGAAGAAAAAGAUGAGAUGGACAAGGAAAAGAGCGUUGGUGAUGAUACUAUUUCUUACCUAGGUGAUGAUGAGGCUGAUGACAAAGAACUGUGUGUGUUUAAAGAAAUGGCGCUAUCAGAAGUAGCCUCUAUCACCUGGUAUAUAUCUCAACUGUUAUUGGAACUGGGUUAUAAUGAUUCUACUCUAGAGAUACUUACAGUUCUAGCUCAAUAUCUUCAGAAGAAUCGUCCUUUAGGUCUACUAGAAGAAUUGAUAUACACCCGAAGUUUAGAGUGUGUAGGUAAUAUCUACCUGGUGAACAAACAGUACUAUCAGAGUUAUCUGUAUUAUAAGAGAUCUCUACGAGCUCUGUUACAACUCCAGGAUUCAGAUGAUGAACAGAUUUAUGAAACAGAGAGUCACAUUCUUAAAGGGAGUAUUUUAAGUCAGCUGGGGAAACUGAAGAUGUUAGAAGGCAAUUUUUACGAGGCAGAAGAUCUGUACAGAGAGGCGCUAGACAGUUUAGAUAAAAUACCAGAUUGUCAACCAAUGAAAGCCAACAUUGAGUAUAACUUAGGAUUGUUAAGAGUGAAUUAUAACAAAGCGAUAUAUUUAUAUCGACGAGCUCUAACUAUACGUGAAAAAUGUCUUGGAAGCAACCAUACAUUAAUAGCCGAGAUAUUGGUAGAACUGGGUAGUCUAAUACAAGAAGAAUCGAGCUAUAAAGCUAAAACUGAAGCUAAAAGUUGCCUGUCCAGAGCUUUAGAUAUAAAAACGCAACAUUUAGGUGCCAACCAUCAGGAGGUGAAAGUUCUUCUGAAUCUACUGACCAACGUAGAGGUUGCUAUCAAGUUAGGACAGUACCAGUUCGGGUCGGCCAGGCCCACGGAUCAUCGGUCCAAAUACUAUCCGUACAGCAGCCUUAGCUUCCGAGAUCAUGAUCUGAAGGAUCUUAAGAGCCGGGAAAAGGAGCGUCAACACCACGAUAGAUUAAGCAUGUUUCGAUCCUACAGCACCGACAGUUUGUACCGCAUCGCUUCCCCUGGUAGUGCUUUAAGUCAAAUAAGUGCUUCUGAAAAACUGCUCUUGGAAAAUGAACGACCACAUUUGGCAAAAAGAGAUAUUCAGAGUCGUCAGAUGACCACGUCUGCUGUAAAUCAUCCAGCUGUGCCUCUGCUGACUCCUGUGACAGGUCUGAAAACUCUUGCCAGGCGUCAGCUCAAUAAUGCUGAGAUAUCCUGUGAAUUGGUCAAAGAGGAUGAAAAGAAUUCGCAAGUUGAAGAAGUCAAUUCUCAAGAGAAUGUGAUUGAUAAUUAUGCCUCCAGAGUAGUCUCCCCUGAACAGAGCUCGCCACCUCAGCCUGUUUCAGAGGUGAGAAUAGAAGCCAGACGACGACCGACGAGCGCGCCAUUGUCUUUAUACAACAAAUUUAAUCCAUCAAACCGCUUCUUACACCAACGACCCAAAAAAUCUCGAAAUUUACAUAGUGCCUUGUCGAUGGUGUCUUCAAAAAGUCUUCCGCUACGUCCGCGAUCCGAAAAGGGUUGUCAUGCAGCGCGUUGUCAGACUCCCGGACCCCACGCAAUUUCCUUAAGCACCACUCGCAGCAUCGCGGGUCCCAACAGUUCUAUAAAUAGCUUACUCGGACCUCCGGAGGCUCCCAGAGAUGUGCAUCAACAGAUUCAUCACAAGAUGGCGUGGUAUCACGUGCCUGGACGGUACUCCACGAACGCCAGUCCUUUUCCACCGAAACGAUCGCAACAUCGUCCAGGCUCAAAUUUUGCUGUAGCAAAUCUUCAACACGAUGUCAGCACUGGAAGCAAGAGUCUAGAUAUUCCAAGGUAUUGUUCAACAGUAACUGAAGUUUUGUACGACGUUGACGAAAACGGAGACAUUAUACCUUUGUCACCUCAAAAAUCUACCAUUGUGCCUUACACAUCACCUUAUAAUUCCAACCUUCAGGGCCUUAAGGAACUCACCAUUGGUAGAGUGAAUAUUUGA